CACUGUCAGGGUCUCUUCCUUAAGGACUGGUUAUUGUUUAUGUUGAAAACACGUGUGCAGUGAGUUGUACCUGCUUGAGUCUUCAAAAGAAUGCGAUCGUUUCUUUGCAGCCUCUUAGCCUUGCCUGUGAUGCAUAUCACCUUCUGGCUUAAUCGUUAUUCAAUGACAAAAAUUUCUUUCUCUUCCACCUUUGUGGAGAGGGUUUCUGGGUUGGGAGCACAUUCUAUUUUUGAUUAUAUUUCCCCAGUAAUGGCCUUACUUACAUCUAAUGACAAUAAAUGAUGGAUACUUAAAAUACUCUCUAGUUCUAGGAGGCAUUCCCAUACAUUAAUUCAUUUGGUUUUUAUAAAAUCAGGAGGCAUUGAGACGCCACUAAAUUAGACGGGAUCACUAUUCCAUUUUAGUCAUUUCCCAUUUAGGAUACUGUGGCACAAGAGGACAAAUGCCACCCAUGGGACCCUGUCUGGCUGUUGGCAGAACAAGGACUGACCAAGGGCAUCUGGCUCCAAAUCCAGGGCUUUCCCAGGUUUCACUGUGAGGCACGUGGGGUCUGAAAACACCCCGGCAUGUGCAUGUCUACAGCCUGCCAUCUAAGUGGUCUUAGAUGUGCCUUUGCUGUGUUACAUAAGCAUCUCUGAGGGCCCUGGCACCUCUUCUGGGAGUUUCUGGCGUCUCCUUACCUUCCAAUCUGUCUGGCUCCAGAGCGAGAAAGCAGCAUGCCCGCCCCACUCCUCGAGGCUUGGAGACAAAGUCCCGGCCCAGGCUGCACCCUCACUUUCCAUCCAACCCAGCAACUGCUGCCCGUGGAGGGAGGGCAGUGGUCUCCAAAGUGGAAUGUGAAAAGGGAAAAGUCAUCCUGGCUGUGAUCAGGAAGCCGAGCUUCUGCAAAGGCAAACAGAAACAGAAAAAAGACAGGGCACAUGUCUGUGUGAGGGAGAGAUUCGGGGGAGCAAAACAGAGGAGGCCCAGAGAACUCUCCAGAAGGGUCCGAAGGCUGCCACAUGCAGGAGUGGUGCUCACCGUCCAGUGAGGAGGGGGCAGGCUCCUCGGGUGUGGUUGUUCCCGUGGGAAGGCCAACCGUGAUUCCAUGUCAGGAGGAAUUUCUGGCCAGAGCCAUCUGUCCACAGAAGGGGCCAUCCCGCUGGAUUUAUGGCCUGGUGUUCAGCAGGAUGAGGACCCAUCAUCAAGGUCGUGUGAGCACCCACGUCACCUGGAUGCCAGGGGCCCAUCCUCCAGUGCCCAGUGAGUGAGGGGUGAGGCUGAGGGCCUGCAUUUUCUAUAUGUCUCCUCACCAUGCAGGCAGUCCUCACCCACAUCCUGAGAAACACGGUGUUACGUCAUUGCUUCUGUAGGAGAGCCACCUGGAUGGGGCUGGAUGCUGGACUGGAUGACUCAAAGUCUCUUCCAAGUCUAAAACAUUUUUCCAUUGCAUGACCCUCCUUCCUAGCUCUUCCUCAUGCUCUCCAACACAACCAGCUUUCCCUGAAAGUAAACCCACCUGGCCACCCCCUGGAGAUGAGGGCUUCUCCCACCCUGCCUCUCCCUGCUGUGCACCUGCCUGGCAGCCAUUGCCAUGGCUGGCUGUCUUGGCGAUACAAAGAGGAGGCUGUGAACGCGUGGUGAUGCUGCACUGCCAUUUCUGUCUCCUGCCCUGGCAGGGAGAUAUUUUGGCCAUAGAGUAAUGACAGAUGUGUGAUUUUGCAGCAGAACUUGUUGAGCCUCUGUGAGCUUGCACAUAUAGGGUCCUGGAAGUCUGACCUGAGAUGUGAAAGACCCCAUGGAGGUCAAGGAGUUCAAAUCGCUCCAUCUACAGGUGGAGGAAACAGGGCAGCUGCCACCCCGGCACCAGCGCUGGAGACAGGAGGUGCAGCGCAUGCCGAGGAGGGGCUGCAUUCAGGAUGGGAAGCGUUUACUCGGCCCACACAUGUGCAUGUGAGAGUGGGCAGCCGUGAGUGUGCAAGUACAUGAGUGUGAACGUGUGUGACUGUGAGUAUGAGCAUGUGUAUGGGUGUGCAGAUUCCAGAGUGAACAUGCGUGAGUGUGCACAUGAUUGUGAAUGUGUGUCCAUUUAUGUGUGUGUAUGCCCAUAUGUGUAUGCAAGUGUGUGAAUACGUGGACAUGUGUUAGCGUGAGCCUGUGUGAAUGAGCAUGCAUGAGUGACAUGGCAUAUGAGUUUGUGUUUGUAAGUGCAUGUAAGUGUGAACGUGUUUUAGUAUAUGUGUGGAUGUGGGUGUGUCUGUAUGUGUGGGUGCACAUGUGAGUGGGGAUGUGUCUGUGUUUACGCCCAGUGUGAGUGCAUGUAUGUAAGUGUGACUGGGUGUGAAUGCCUGUGCAUGUGUGCCCUGAAAGCCGUCAUGGCACACUAGAGGCCUUCCUUGGUUCUCCAGCCCUUGGAUGCUGUGUGGGGGAUGCUGGCCUUUGCACAGAGGCCCUGACUAGGGAGAGUAAAUACAGGGCUCUCUGCUGGAUGGACUGUGGAAGACAUGCCCAAGGAGUGUCGGGCACCACAUGCUGGAGAAUUUUCUCCCUGUUGGGUUACAGUAUGGGAUUGUUUUUCUCCUCAAAGUGUUUACAUAGACAGUGCAAACAUGGAAGAUCCCUCUGGCCAUCGUGCAGAAAAAUAUGCAUAAAAAAUAACUGGAGAAAAAUGCCUUCUGUGGAUUAAACACAGACAGAAACACACACACACGCAGGCAGGGGUAUCUUUCAUUGUGCCCGUAUGAAAGGAUGAAAGGGAGGUUGAAGGAGAGACCAAGCUAGAAACACACUGUUCAUUUUGAGAUUUUCUCUUUAAUCACUUAAUAUAAGGAGAUAGCAUGUUAGAAUGACAUUUUACAGACGAUUGUAAAUGAUUAUGAAGUCCUCAACUGGUAAACGUCUUGACUUUGUCCCCAUCUUGGGGUCUGUGGUUAAAUCAUGAUAGACUGACAGUGGAGUAGAGUGUGAAGAACUCUGGCCUGAGGCUUGGAUGAGUCUAGGUUUAAUCUCCUGUUUACUGCUGUGUGGCCUCCUGAACCUGCUUUCUCACCUAUAUAACGGGGACAAAGGACCUAUUUCAUAGAGUAAUCGUGAAGAUGAGAGACAAUGGUGCACCGGACAAAUCUGAGUUUAACCUAUAACAUUAUCCCUGAUUUUACCUUCAUAUUUUAUAGAAACAUUCAUACAUUAUAGUAGCAAACAUUCUGAGAUGAUAUAUAAAAUAUAAUACAAAUUCAUCAUGCAUUUUAAAAGUCGAGAUUUACUUAAGUCAUAAUACUUUUAUUCUUUCAGUGUUCAUCAAAUUUCAUUUUCCUGAGUAUUAUAUAAUAGCUUUAACAUUUAUUCUUUUCCUAUUAAAACCUUUUUUAAUGAGUUGAUUCUGCAUGAAGCUUUUGGUUUUCUAUAAAGGCUGCAUCUUCCGAGGACACCUGUUGGGCACAGCCCCUUCACUGUGUGAACAUUUCCAGCCUCCUUUUUGUGUUCUUGUCAUGGUAUCUGACAUUUAGUUACCAACCAAGCAAAUGCAGCAGUCCAUCAUCUCAGAGAUCAGUCUGCAGAGAAUAAAAGAGGUAGCAACGUUGGUGAGGGUGUUAGGUAAGAAGGUCCCUUCUGGAGGAAUUGUUUUGUUUCUAGAACGCCAGGGAGUUAUGGUCCCGAACCACACAGCCAAGAUGAAUCUUCGUUAAUUCAUCUGAAUGUUUCCUCAGCAAAAUCAACAAGAUCUUGUUCAUUCAGUGUUAAAAAUUGGGCUUCGGCAGUCAGCACCAAGCAGUAAGAGGCAAUCAGCAGUGUGGUACAAAGACAUCAUAAACUAGAACGAAGUUAACAUGAAAUCUAAAAACCUACUUCACAUACACCGUGAUGGUUACCAAAAUAAAACAGAAAUCACCUAUAUUCUUAUCACUCUUCAAAAUAUUUUCUUCCCUUCUGAUGGCUCUUUCUGGAGUUUUCUCCAUGUGUAUGUUGCCAUUUUCAUGGAGAUGAAAUUUUAUGCAUUGCUGUUUUGAUUUCACAUUGUUAAGUGUUUUUUUUUUUAUGCUGCUAAAUCUUCAUGGUGAGCAUUUCAAUGCCUGUGUAAUACUGCAUCCAGAUGCUCUGUAGUAAUUACUCUCCUGUGGUUGUUCAAUCAUGUAAUUUUCCACUUUAAGUUAUAAUAAGUAAUGUACAUCCCUGUGACCACAGCUUCGUGUUCUCAGCCCAAGCUCCAGGAGGAGAGGACUGGGUCAAAGCGCCUGGACAUUUUUAUGACUUUUGAACUGCAUUGUGGAACCGUGUGACAGACACUUUUCUGAAUGCGAUGUACCACUUUGAUUUGAUGCUGUUUUCUCCUGCCAGUUUGGAAUGAUAGGGUAAGAGAAUACUCUGUGUUUGAUGGAGAGAGUCAGAUUUGGGUCUGAAAUGUGUUUUCUGCGUAACAACGAGAUGGAAUCCAGUGAUGCAGGCUGGGCUGUUGGGUACUCACCUUUCCUAAGAGAUGCCAUCUGCUUGGAGCCGAAUAGGCUGUGACACGCAGGUGCCCCCAGGGAAAUGGCCGUGGCAGUGGUGGGCGUUAACCAGCAAGCAUAAAGGACUGCUCCCAGCGGUGCUUCCUCUGAAGCCAUUGCCACCACAGCAGCGCAGGGGACAGAAAGGCCCCUUUUCUGGGUCCAGGCAGCUCUGGCCCCUAUGUGCCCUGGCAUAGGAGAGACCCAGACUGCUUGGUAGAGGCCCAGAGCCCUGUGCCACCACCACUGCCGGACGAUGCUCAGGACAUCAGGGCUGGCCGUGCUGGCUCUGGUCAGUGCUGUGGGCCCCAGCCAGGCUAGCGGCUUCACAGAAAAAGGCCUCUCCCUGUUGGGCUACCAGCUGUGCAACCACCGCGUGACCCACACUGAACAGAAGGUGGAGGCUGUGCAGACAUCCUACACCACCUAUGUGUCCUGCGGUGGCUGGAUCCCCUGGAGGCGGUGCCCCAAGACUGUUUACCGGACCCGGUACCUGGUGGUGGAGGUCCCCGAGUCCAGGAACGUGACUGACUGCUGUGAGGGCUAUGAGCAGCUCGGCCUCUACUGCGUCUUGCCCCUCAAUUGGUCCAGCGAGUUCACAUCAAGACCCGGGGUCUGCCCCCCAGAGAGGCCUGAACCAUCCACCUCCUCCUGCAGCUUGGACACUGACUGUCCUGGACUUCAGAAGUGCUGCCCCUGGUCAGGGGGCUAUGGUUGCAUGGCCCCUGAACCCCAAGCUCCAGAGAGGGACCCCGUGGGCUCCUGGUACAACGUCACCAUGCUGGUGAAAAUGGACUUCAAGGAACUCCAGCAGGUGGACCCCAGGCUCCUGAACCACACACGCCUCCUGCACUCCUUGGUCACCAGUGCCCUGCAGCCAUUGGCCUCCACUGUCCACCACCUGCACUCGGCCCCUGGGGACGCCUCCACCACGGUGUCGCAGCUGCUGCUGGGCCUGCCUUGGCCAUUGCCCGUGGCUGACGUCUCCGGCCUGCUGGGCGACAUCGCAAAGCGUGUCUAUGAAGUGGUCAGCGUCCAGGUGCAAGAUGUCAAUGAGUGUUUCCAUGACGAGCUCAACGCCUGUUCUGGAAGGGAACUGUGCACAAACCUGGAGGGCUCGUACCGGUGCAUCUGUCACCAGGAAGCUCCAGCCAUGUCUCCCCGGAAGCUGAACCCCGAGUGUGAAGAUUGCCCUACACUCAGUGACUACAUGAUCCUCAACGUCACCGGUGGCAGUUUUCAAGUAUCCUGGCGUUUGAAUUCUACGCAGAACCAUACUUUCUAUGUCCGGGUUUACCGGGGUGAGGCAUUGCUCAGGAGCGCCAGGACACGGGGCCUGGCACUGGCGGUGUCUGGGCUGGAGGCUGGAGUGCUCUACAGGGUAAAGACCGGCUACCAGGGGUGUGGGGCAGACAUCUCCACCACGCUGACCGUCAAGACUGAAGCCCAGGUAUUUGAAGUCACAAUAAAGAUCGUAAACCGAAACUUGACGGAGCAGUUACGUGACCGUAGCAGCGUGGAGUACCAGGACUUUUCUAGACAACUGCUUCACGAGGUCGAGAGCUCCUUCCCACCGAUGGUGUCUGACUUGUACCGAAGUGGGAAACUGAGGAUGCAGAUCGUGGCUCUCCAGGCGGGAAGCGUGGCCGUGAGGCUCAGGCUCACCGUGCAGGACCCCAGGGUUCCUGUGGGUGUCUCCACGCUGGCCCCCAUGCUCCAGCCCCUGCUGGCAAGCACAGUGUUCCAGAUUGACCAGGAGGGGACACUCGUGCAAGACUGGGACGAGUGUGUGGACAGCACGGAGCAUGAUUGCUCACCGGCUGCCUGGUGCAUCAAUCUGGAGGGCUCAUACACCUGCCAGUGCCGCACAGCCAGGGACGCCAUGCCCUCCCGCGCGGGCCGGGUCUGUGAGGGUGACCUGGUGAGCCCCACGGGCGGUGGGCUGUCUGCGGCAACAGGGGUCAUGGUCCCAGCUCUUGGCACGGGAAUAACAGCCCUCGGCUUAGAGAACUUCACCUUGUCACCCAGCCCUGGGCACCUUCAAGGCACCCCGACAGCAGGCCAGGCCUGGACCCCAGGGCCCCCACCCAGGAGAGGGGGCAGCUGUGUCGUUGGGUAUGACAGGAACAACACAGGAAAAGGCGUGGAGCAGGAGGUGCCCAGCACUGCCCCAGGUUUGGGGAUGGACCAGGGGAACCAGGCAAACUCCAGCCAGGGGAGCCCCAGCCAGGGGAGCCGCAGCCAGGCAAACCCUAGCCAGGAUAGCACCAGCCAGGGUAGCACCAGCCGGGGGAGCACCAGCCAGGCGAGCACCAGCCAGGCGAGCACCAGCCAGGCGAGCCCCAGCCAGGCAAACCCUAGCCAGGAUAGCACCAGCCAGGAUAGCACCAGCCAGGGGAGCACCAGCCGGGGGAGCACCAGCCAGGCGAGCACCAGCCAGGGGAGCCCCAGCCAGGCGAGUCCCAGCCAGGCGAGCACCAGCCAGGGGAGCACCAGCCAGGGGAGCCCCGGCCACAGGAACACUGUCAGGGUGAUAGGCACCACCUCCUCCCCCAAGGCUCCUGGGUCAACCCACAGCUUCCCUCCUGGGGCCACAGAUGGCCCACUGGCCCUCCCUGAACAGUUGUUGAGAAACUCCACCAUGAAGCCAUCCUCCUGGCCUUCCCCUACCAAGGACCCCACUGGCCACGUCAUGUGGCAUGCCACCCAUCCUACCUGGGAAACACUUCUGAAUCCUACGUGGCUGCAAAAUGAGGACAGUGGACCCUCCGGCUCUGCAGACCUGCCAUCGACCCCAACCCUUACACCUCUGAAGAGCCCUGCCUGUGUUCCCGUCUCCAUUGGGAGGAUCGUGGUCUCCAAUGUGACCAGCACAGGCUUCCACCUGGCAUGGGAGGUGGGUCUCGCUCUGGGCUCUGCCUUCCAGCUCACUCUGACUUCUGCAUGGAGCCCCACUGUGGUCCUAGAGACCUGGAACACGAGUGUGACCCUGUCAGGGCUGGAGCCUGGAGUCUUGCACCUGGUGGAGAUCGUGGCCAAAGCAUGCGGGAAAGAAGGAGCCAGAGCUCGUCUGAAAGUGAGGACAGCGGCCCGGAAGCUCACUGGAAAGGUCAGAAUCGCAAAUAUCGAGUACUCAGAAUCCUUUGGUAACGCAAGCAGCCAGGAGUAUCGACAUUUCCUAGAACUGUUCUUCGCGACGGUGUGGGGCUCCCUGCCAGCUGCCCUGCGUCAGCACGUGGAGGCUGGCAGGGUCAGGAUGGAAGUCACUGGUGUCACCAAUGGCAGUGUCAUGGUGGAGUUUCACUUGCUGAUCAUCGCAGACCUGGAUGUCUGGGAGGUGUCCUCUGCAUUCCUCAGCGCCUUCCAGACCGCGCCUCUGCUGGAGGUGAUCAGAGGAGACACCUUCAUACAGGAUUACGAUGAGUGUGAAAGGGAGGAGGAUGACUGUUCGCCGGGGACCGCCUGCCGGAACACCCUCGGGUCUUUCACGUGCAGCUGCGAGGGAGGAGCCCCCGACUUCUCUGUACAAUAUCCGGAGAGACCCUGUGAAGGUGACUCUGCUGGCAACGAGAGCACCACCAGCCCGGAGAGGCCCCUCACCGCAGCAGGGACCAAGGCUGCCUUUGUGCAAGGCACCAGCCCCACCCCCCAGGGCCUGCCCCAACAGCUGAACCUGACCGCAGCAGUCAGGGUGCUCUGUGAGAUCGAAAAGGUGGUUGUCGCCAUCCAGAAGCGCUUCCUGCAGCAGGAAUCCAUCCCUGAGUCCUCGCUGUAUCUGAGCCACCCCUCCUGCAAUGUGAGCCACAGCAAUAGCACACAUGUGCUCCUGGAGGCCGGCUGGAGCGAGUGUGGGACCGUCAUGCAGAGCAACGUGACGAGCACGGUGGUGAGGACCACGCUGAGGAACGACUUGCCCCCAGAGGGCAUCAUCCACUACCUGAAGAUCCUGAGCCCCAUCUAUUGCGCCUUUCAGAACGACCUGCUGAUAUCCUCCGGCUUCACCCCAGAGUGGGGGGUUUACACCGUCAUCGAGGACCUCCACGGCACUGGGAAUUUUGUUACCGAAAUGCAGUUGUUUAUUGGAGACUCUCCCAUACCUCAGAAUUAUAGUGUGUCUGCCAGCGAUGACGUCAAGAUCGAAGUGGGGCUCUACGGGCAGAAAAGCAACCUCAAGGUGGUCCUGAUGGAGUGCUGGGCAACCCCAUCCAGCAACGCCCGGGACCCGGUCACCUUCAGCUUCAUUAGCAACAGCUGCCCCGUGCCCAACACAUACACCCAUGUGAUUGAGAACGGCAACUCCAGCAAGGCCCAGUUCAAGCUGAGGAUCUUCUCCUUCAUCCACAACUCCGUCGUCUACCUGCACUGCAAACUCCGCAUCUGCGUGGACUCCCCCGGGGCCACCUGCAAAAUCAAUUGCAAUAACUUUCGGUUGCUGAAAAAUAGUGAAACCUCUGCUACACACCAGAUGUCCUGGGGACCCCUCAUUCGGUCUGAAGGUGUGCCUCCGCAUGCAGAAGCAGACCUGGGCACUGGCUAUGUGGUCCUCACUGUGGUGGCCAUCUUUGUGCUGGUGGUGGGAGCAGCCACCUUUCUGAUCGUGCACUACCAGAGAACGAAUGGGGGAUACAACUUUAAAAUCCAGUCCGACAACUUCAGCUACCGGGUGUUCUACGAAUAGGAGGCGCAGGCCGGCAGGAAGGUCGCCGUGAGUCAACCUGCCUCCAGAACCUUGGAGCUUCCCUGCCGGGCUCCCCCGGGACCCCCAGUGUCUCUCUGCAUCUCCAUCCAUCCCUCGGUUCUUAACUCUUCAAGCCUUAAUGGGAGUCUGCUCUGAUGGGUCUGCACUGCCAGCGCCUGAGUGAGCCCAGAGAAGAUGACAGCAGCCAUCGUCUUCCCCCGAGAGGCAGGCUGUCCUGUGGGUCCCAGAGGAGCCACACCUCACAGGCAGAUGAAGGGGCUAUGGGAGAUGGGGGCAGUGCUGGGGGUGCCCCGGCUCUACCACCACCCACACGGCCCCCACAGCCCAGACCUCCCAGACCUGUGACCCUCCACAGCAGCCCACGGAACCCUCCUGGGCUUGCUCUCCCUUCACAUCCAUCACUCUUCGGCAAAUAUAGAAUAUUCCACAUUCUCAGAGAGACCUGGCAGUGCUCUUAAUGCUCUUUUAAAAAUAGGUCAGCCUUAGAAAUAUACUGCUGAGGUUAUUUUUGGUGGAUGUUUAUGCUCAUCAAGCUUUCUCCUGUGUACUAAGGUAUUGCUUUUAUUUACACAGCAGCGACUCAAAAGGCACCCCAUUAAUAUGACAAUCUCUUUAGUGGUAGAAAUAACAUGUACACAUCACUCUACAUUUUUCUAAGCAUUUUCACAGCCAUUUGUUUUCACAUAAGCUGACCACAGGAGGUGUGAUUUACCCAUUACGUAAUGAGAAACCAGAGGAGACAAUGAGUUACUUAAUUGAGGUCACAGAAUGAAUUAGCAAGAAAAUCGUUCUAAAAUAUAAGCAUUUUAGUCUAGCAUUUUCUCCAUCAUACCAUCCUGAGUGAUAAUGCUUUGUACUUUAUUUGAAAUAAACUGGAAUUGUAUUAGAUAGCUCAUACCUGAAAGUAGAGUGUUUUUCCUCAACGAACUUAGAACUAUAACAUGGCCUUAGUUUUCAAUCCGUGAUAUUAACUUUGUUGAAUAUAAUUAAUUGUCAUUCAUACAGAACAUUUGGGGAAAAGGAAUAUUUGGAUUUACUGGAUAUUCUCAGAGUCAGUACAGAAAGACAAUGGGUAAUACGUGUGGAUCACAGAUUCUGAUACGUAGAAUCAGUUGCGUAGGACACUGCAGUGUGGCUGGUUGUGCUGGAUGCGCCAUUUGGGAUGGUCUCAUUACAGGCUCACUGGGCCUCCACCGAGGGCCGGUGCUGCGUCGGCGCUCUGGGGAGGCCAGGAACACAUCUCUGGCUCUUCCCAAGUCAUGUCCAGCUGCUCUGAUGUCAGCUGAGGAACUUUCACUUGCCUUUCUUGGAAGACUGUGACAUACUCAGUAAAACUGGGUGUUGAGCCCCAUGACCUUGUGGCUCAUUGGAUUUCAGAUAAAGUAAUUGGCGUAUAUUUAAAAACCCUGUCUUUCAAACUUUGUCUACAGCUUUCAUGUAAUCUUAAUACACAUGCCACGUCUGUUCAUUUGUGUUUUCUAUAAUAAUGAAAACGUGGUUUCCUCUCA